AUGGAGAACCACGAUGCUGGCCACUCAUUUUCCCCACUUCACCGCUCACAGUCCAACUCUUUCGACUCUUUCAAGGCUGAUGAACAUAAUCCACCGGCACCAAAAAGUCAGCAUGUGACGGUCGAGGAUGUUGCUGACAAAGGUGAGGUAGUGGAAGGUGGUGGGCACUAUUUCAAGCAAUGUUCUGAUGGUGGAUGGGCACUGCGGGAAGGGGAAACUGAAUUUGAAAGGUACCAGAAGUACAAGGAAGGCAUGGGUGAGGACAAGUGGGCUCCAUUUUCUGCCAGGGAAGAGUGGGGUCUCGCCGAGUGGCUUGUAAAAAGCCUUGGACAGACUCGAACCAAUGAAUUUCUAAAGUUACCGAUCACACGAAACCGAAUGCAACCUUCAUUCCACAACAACCGAUCAUUCCUCAAGAAGGUUGAUGAACUCCCACAUGGAGCCGCCUGGAGCUGUAAGAAGAUUAGUGUUCAGGGAAAUAGAACAGACGAAAAAGGUGAACCGUUGCACGAAGAUGUUGAACUGUGGAUGCGCAAUCCCGUAGAGUGCAUCAAAGACUUGAUCAGAAAUCCUUUGUUCAAGGAUCAAAUGGUGUACACACCUGCUCGCACAUACACAGACUCUGCAGGACUCCACCGAGUGAUAGACGAUAUGUGGACUGCAGAUUGGUGGUGUGACAUGCAAAAAAAGGUGCCGGAAGGAGCAACCAUCGCGCCAAUUAUUCUUGCAACAGACAAAACGAGUCUGUCGCAAUUCCGAAAUGACAAAAUGGCAUAUCCUGUGUACCUCUCUAUUGGAAACAUUGCUAAAGAAAAACAGCGGCAAACGUCAGCACGAGCGACAGUCCUGAUUGGUUACCUACCUUCAGGAAAGCUUGACUGCUUUACACCUGAUGAACGCUCCCUUGCCAACUACCAACUAUUCCAUCAUUGCAUGUCCCUCCUCCUUCAACCCCUUGUUGCUGCAGGUGAAGACGGCGUUGAAAUGGUGUGCGCUGAUUCGUUGAUCCGUCCAGUGUAUCCGAUCCUUGCCACGUAUGUAGCAGACUUUCCAGAGCAGUGUCUGGUUGCAUGUUGCAAGGAAAACUGCUGUCCAAAAUGUGUAGUUGUGGCGGAUGAAAGAGGCGAUCUACUGGAUUCGCCGAUGCGGGAUCCUGCAGUGAUAAAGGGGAUAUUAGAGAAGCAAAAGACUGGUCACCAUCCUGCUGAAUUUGAGGAAUUUGGACUACGCACCGUCUAUGCUCUGUUUUGGGCUAAUCUCCCCCACUCUAACAUCUUCCUGGCCUUUACACCCGACCUCCUACACCAACUCCACAAAGGCAUCUUCAAGGACCAUUUAGUUAAGUGGUGCCUUGAUAUUGUUGGCAAAGAAGAAAUGGACGCAUGGUUCAAAGCGAUGCCUGAUUAUCCCAGUCUUCGGCAUUUCAAGAAGGGAAUAUCUACAGUAAAGCAGUGGAUGGGGACAGAACACAAAGAGAUGCAGCGUGUAUUUGUUGGGCUACUUGCUGGCGCUGUCCCUAGCCAAGUGUUAGUAGUUGCGCGAGCAAUUCUAGAUUUUUUGUACUAUGCUCAGCUUCGAGUUCACUCAACUGAAUCCCUCAAUGGCCUGGAAAGCGCUCUGGCGAUAUUUCACGCCAACAAGGACGUCCUGCAGCAACUCGAUAUUCGCAAGCAUUUUAAUAUUCCCAAAUUACAUCAGCUCUCUCACUAUGUUCAGUCUAUCCUAUUGUUUGGCGCUACAGACGGCUUUAACAGCGAACUUCCUGAACGAUUGCACAUCGACUUUGCCAAAGAAGCGUAUCACGCCAGUAACAAGCGUGACUAUGAAGAACAAAUGGCCUUAUGGCUCCAGUGCCAGGAGGCAGUCUUCCUGUGUGGUUCCUACCUCAACUGGCUGUUGGAACAGUCUCAGUCAGCACCAACCAAUUUCACUUGUGACCACGGAUAUGACUCGGACUCGGACUCAGAGAUGGAAGGGCCAGACGCUGUCCCUGUCAAUACACUUCCCAUCCUCCCUGAGCAACGAACGGUCCACUUUCUCGCUAAGACACCUGCAUACCCUCAGUGUUUGGUUCAGCACCUCAUCACUGCACAUGGUGCAUCCAUGUUCCUCCCAGCCCUUAAGUUGUUUCUGCACAACCACAUGCCACACACUAUCAUUACCCCUGGUCUGCAAGACCAUUUUGACAUUUUUCGACAGGUAGUAAUCACUGCUCCACCUAAUCCACUCAUCAGUGAGUCACCGAGGCAGUGGCGUGUUAGAGCCACGCCUGAAGUGCUUCCUGGAUGUGGACGCAAGCCUGGAUCUUCCACUAAGUUUGAUAUGGCCCUGACAAGCAAUGGCAUUCAGCCACGCACUUUAGAAGUGGGACAGGUUCACAUUAUUUUCACUCUGCCGCCCUUGGCUUACAUUGAGUGGUUCACACCACUCAGGGAGCCGGACCGCUCAUCUGGCCUGCACCAAUUGUCAUGUUCGACUUGUCGGCUGCACCGGAAUGCAGCGGUGAUACAUGUCGACAAAAUCACUCGUCCUUGCCAUCUUAUUCCAAAGAUGGGACAAGCUGUUGACCGUAAAUGGACUAGCGCAAAUGUCUAUGAGUCCACAAGUGAUUUUUACUUAAAUACCUUUAUUGACCUUGAUACAUUCUGCAUGUCUGCUAUUGAUUAG